CGCAUGGAGCUGGUCUGGGCUCAGAAGGAGAAGGGUUGGGAGAUAGGAACGAGCUAAAACACUUUUCCAACUGGAAACCUCCUCCUCCUCCUCUUCCUCUUCCUCCUCCUCCUCCUCUCCCUCCCUCCCUGUUCAGACCAUCCCUAAUCAGCCCCCUUGUGGUCCCCCUGCCCAAGUCCUUACUCUCACUCCCCCGCCUGCUGCCUCCCCCUCCCCCCGCGCCCCAUGGCUCUUAGCGGGGGCUCUGGACAUUGAGGAUCCCGCUCCUAGGGGCUGCCCCCCGCGUCCACCCCUGGCUGGCCGCGCAGACUCCGGAGCUCCAGGACUCGGCAUUGAAGCGUCCUCAGUUUGUCUGUCAAGCAGUCUGUCUGUCAGUCCCUUCCGCGAGGCCCCGCUGUCCCUCGGGCCGCCGCCUCCAGCCCUCCCGCACCCAUGCUGGUUCAUACUUAUUCCGCGAUGGACCGUCCGGAUGGGCUGAACGGCGCGGCUGGCGGAGGGCGCCUAUCGCAGCUCUCCUCCCUCAGCCAGGCGGCCUUCUCGGCGGCGGCGGCGCCUCCUCUUUGCCACACGCCUGCCUCGGACUUCCAGCCGCCCUACUUUCCGCCACCCUACCCGCAGCCGCCUCUGCCCUACGGUCAAACGCAGGAGACGGCUUUCCCUCACCUAGGCGAACCCUACAGCGGCCUUGGGACGCUCCACCAGCACCCACACCCGCACCAGCACCAGCAGCCGGCGUGGCCUUCUCCCCGCGGCGGCCGUCAGGACGAGCAGGGCCUCUUGGCUCAGACUCAUCGAGCCCUGGGCCUGGACCCUCGCCGGGAUUACCCGGGAGUUCCCCGCCUCCUGCAUGGCCUGGCGGACGGAGCGCACGGUCUGGCGGACGGGCCGCUUGGCCUGCACGGCCUGGCCGCACAUCACGGCUUGGAGGAUCUCCAGGCCGUGGACGACACUGGGAUGAACCUCCUGGAUCAGUCCGUGAUCAAGAAAGUGCCCAUCCCCUCCAAAGCCAAUGGCAGCGCCAUCUCUGCCCUGUCCUUGAACAAGGAGAGCCUGGUCAGUGGCGUGGUCACGAACCCCAACGAGGUCUUCUGCUCGGUCCCGGGCCGCCUGUCCCUGCUCAGCUCCACCUCCAAGUACAAGGUUACCGUGGGAGAAGUGCAGAGAAGGCUUUCACCCCCAGAGUGCCUCAACGCCUCCCUGCUUGGGGGUGUCUUGCGCAGGGCCAAGUCAAAAAAUGGAGGCCGCUGUCUUCGGGAGCGAUUGGAGAAGAUUGGUCUCAACCUGCCAGCGGGGCGUCGGAAGGCAGCUAAUGUGACACUGCUUACCUCCCUGGUGGAAGGAGAGGCUGUGCACCUCGCCAGGGAUUUUGGCUACGUGUGUGAGACGGAGUUCCCAGCCAAGGCAGCCGCUGAGUACCUGUGCCGGCAACAUGCGGACCCUGCAGAGCUGCACAGUCGAAAGAACAUGCUGCUAGCCACUAAGCAAAUCUGCAAAGAGUUUUCAGACCUGAUGGCACAGGACCGUUCCCCACUGGGCAAUAGCCGACCCUCUCUCAUCCUGGAGCCCGGAGUCCAGAGCUGCCUCACUCAUUUCAGCCUCAUCACCCACGGCUUUGGGGGCCCAGCCAUCUGUGCCGCGCUCACGGCCUUCCAGAACUACCUGGUUGAGUCCCUCAAGGGACUCGACAAAAUGUUCCUGAGCAGCUCGGGCAACAGGCACCCAACUGGAGACUCAAAAGUAUCAGAAAAGGAUGUGAAACACCAGAAAUAAUCUGCUCUCGCCUCCGGCCUCCCCUGCCCCCUUGGGCCCGGGGUUCUCCUGAAGCUUGGGAAAGGAGGCCUGAUCUCUUGAGUUUUGGGAACAGGGAGGAAAAAGAAGGGGGGAAAAGGCAGUUUGACUGUUGGGUCAUUCUGGAGCACAGGUUGGAAAGAUUUUUAGUUUGCUUUCAAAGGCAGUGAUUGGGGAAAGAAGGAAAAAUAGAGAGAAACCAUGGAACAGUGUGCUGGAAGUGGGAGCAGGGGAAGGCUAGGCGGCUCGGAGACCUCGUUCCCUCUGCAGAUUGAUUCAGUUUGAAGCCGGGGACCCGCCAUUCUACAUCACACGUGCAAUGUUCUGGCUCCUCUAUCCCCCUCUCGGUGGAAGAGGCUUAGAGAAGGCUUCUGAGAGAGCCUCACUUGGUAGGGAAGGGGUGGGGAAGGGGCUUCAUAGGGCAAGGGUGGGGGGAGGGGGGUGGUUGGGGUGGGGGAUGAUGAGAUCAUCAUGAGAUGAGAUGAGAAUGGCAAUCCUUUGGCUGAAACCGGGGAGUGUGUGGGUAGGGGGGGUCUCCCUCACCAUACAGAGAAGGCCCUUCCCGGCAUAGGAAAUACCCAAUGUGGCUGAUGACCCCUGGAUGUUGUUCAAGGAUCGGCUCUUUGACUCCCUUCCCAUUCUUCCACAAGAGUAGUGGACAUGAAGAAUCGGCUCUGUUAGGUUCCUUAAUAACCCUUCUUUCCACCUCCCUGAUGGAACCCCCUGCCCCCCAAAUGAAAAGGACCCAAGGGAGAGAGAAGCUAUUGAAAAAACACAAAGCAGAAGCAGCACUUGAGUCCAGGCCAAACUCCAUGGCCUUGUCGCCAUCUGUACAUAUUUAUUUAUGUUGUAAUUAAAUCAGAAUGUCUCAAAGUCUCCAUUGCGAGUUAUUUAUAUUGGGUUGAAUUGGGAAUUCUGAUUUGGUUUGGUUUCCUUUCUCUUCGGCAGAGAGACCUCUGGGCCAAUGGACACGGGAAGGAAGGGGGGUAGUUCUAUCCCUGGGAACCUCUGGCUUGGCGGGAUGGCAGCUGAAGUACUGCCGCCUCCGCCAUUGUGUCGCUGGCGAGCUCUUGGCGGCUGAGUCUUGUUUCUCUGGAUCCUGAAAUAGCUGUGUUCUCCAACCACCAAGGUGUCUGCUUAAUAAAAUCCUUUGAUUGGCUCUGCA